UUUAAUUUUUUGUGUCCUUUUUUCCUCUGUUGGUGAUCGCAUUCCGUUUAAACAAAAAAUCCAUAAAAAGACAAAUUUAGUGUGCGUGUUCCAGUGAAUUCCGCGGUGUUCUUGUACUGUUUAAACGUGAAAUCAAAAUUUGGCCUAAUUGAUGUGCAUUGAAACUUGAAAAUGGAAGACGAAGAAUACAAAAAACUGCCGGCCGAAGAACGAAGUGUACACAAGCUAUGGAAAGCCAGGCUCAGUGCCUACGAAGAUCUAACAAAACUUUUUAGACAAAUCGACGAUGAGAAAUCUCCGGAAUUCGGAAAAUAUUUAGGUCUGGUGAAGAAAUUCGUCACUGAUAGUAAUGCUGUCAGUCAGGAGAAAGGGCUGGAAGCCACCCUGGCUUACGUUGAAAAUUAUGCACAUGCAGGAAAGACUGUGUCUGAAGUGAUGUCUGGGCUUGUUACCAAAUGCGUAGCUGCUCCUAGAACUAAAACCCGUGAACUUGCCGGCCAGGUGAUUUUGAUGUAUGUGGAAAUUGAGAAAUAUGAAUUGGUAACAGAAGAACUAUUGAAAGGCACAGAACAGAAAAAUCCCAAAAUCGUGUCUGCUUGCAUCCAAUCUUUGACUACAGCCCUACGCGAAUUCGGCAUCAAAAUCAUAAGCCCUAAACCGCUGAUUAAAAAAAUCGGCACUUUAUUUUCGGACAGAGACAAGACUGUGAGAGACGAAGCUCGUAAUAUGGUUAUUGAGUUACACAAAUGGAUGGGUCCUAGCUUAAGGAAUCAUUUGCAAAAUGCAAACUUACAACCGGUACAAAUGACAGAAUUAGAAACGGAAUUUGCGAAAAUUGAAGGUCAAAAAGCUGUCCCGACGAGAUAUAUUCGGUCGCAACAAGAAAAACAAGCGAAAUUGGCAGAGGCGGCUGUAGAAGACGGCAACGAUGAAGAAGAAGAGGCUGAUGUGGAUGAGCCCCCCCAAGAUAUUGAUCCUUACGAUCUUGUCGAUCCUGUUGACAUUUUGUCGAAACUACCAAAAGAUUUUCAUGAGAAGAUCGAAGCCAAAAAGUGGCAAGACAGAAAAGAAGCCCUGGACGCAGUGGAAACAUUAUUGAAAAAUCCCAAAUUAGAAAAUGGUGAUUAUGGCGAUCUUAUUCGAGCGCUCAAGAAAGUAAUUCAAAAAGACUCAAAUGUGGUGUGUGUAGCUUCAGCAGCCAGAUGUAUAACUGGCCUAGCUACUGGACUGAAAAAGCGGUUCCAGAAUUACGCUGGACAAUUGGUCUCACCACUUUUGGAAAAAUUCAAAGAAAAAAAACAAAAUGUUGUUACUGCUGUCAGGGAGGCCAUUGAUGCCACUUAUCUAACUACAAACUUAGAUGCUAUUCUUGAAGAUGUUUUGGAGGCUCUAAACAACAAAAAUCCCACGGUAAAAUCGGAAGUAUCAUUAUUUUUGGCCAGAGCAUUCACAAAGACCCAGCCGACGACAGUGAAUAAAAAAUUACUCAAAGCUCUCUCUACAGCUUUAAUUAAGAAUAAUAAUGAAUCAGAUAAAGGAGUGAGGGAAUCCUCAGCUGAGGCGUUGGGCACUCUAAUGAAACUAGUUGGAGAAAAAUCUAUAGCCCCUUUUUUGGUUGAUUUGGAAAAGGACAAACUAAAAAUGGAGAAGAUACGGGAGUUUUAUGACAAAGCUGUUUUAACUGUUAAAGUGGUAGCACCUAAAAAAACCAAAUCUGCUCCUGUUAAAGAACCUGCAGUUGCAAAACCAGUGAGAAAAGCUGCUGGAGGUAGCACAGCUGUUAAAAAGAAAACUCCAUCUGCUAGUACUGUUUCUUCAGGUUCUGCUACUGUUGUCAGAUCAAAAGGCGGCAAAGCAUCCACAAAAGCAGCUCCAAAAGUUGAAAAAGAACUGGACGAUCUCGAAGUCGAGGGUAUUAUUGAAAAUUUGUUACCUGGCAAUACUGUGUUGGAGUUGUCAAACCCCGUAUGGAAGACCAGAUUGGCUUCAGCCGAAGAAAUUUUAACUACGAUUCAAUCAAUGGAAGCUAAACUGAUUCCAACGCAGGCCCUAAUCAAGACGUUAAUGAAAAAACCUGGCCUUAAGGAUACAAAUUUCCAAGUAUUGAAAAUGAAGCUUGAAAUAGUCAAAUUUUUAGCAGAAAAUGGUACUUUCUCUACCACCACAGUUAACUGUUGUAUAAACGACAUUUCUGAAAAACUUGGCGAUGCUAAAAAUGGUGCUACCGUAGCGGAAACAUUAACAGCUAUGGCUGAAGCUACUAGUUUGGGUCACGUUUCUGCUGCUGCUUUAGAAGCGGCUUUCGGUCAGAAAAAUCCUAAAGUCCAACAAGAAGCUUUGAUUUGGUUAUCAGGAGCUGUAAAGGAAUUUGGAAUCAGUGGCAUAAACAUCAAAUCCCUAAUUGAAUACUGUAAAACGGGUCUCGGUUCCACUAACCCUGGAGUACGACAGGCGGCCAUAACAAUGUUUGGUAUUAUGUACCUCUUCAUGGGAGCUACUAUACAUGUAUUUUUGGAAAAUGAAAAAGCGGCUCUACGAGAUCAAAUUAAUGCGGAGUUUGACAAGUAUGAAGGAGAAGUAGCACCAGCACCAACCAGAGGUGCUGUAGCUAAAUCAGCCAGUUCUAACAGCUUAGACGCUAUUGAGGAUGAUGUUGAGCAACCAGAACCUAUAAACAUACAAGACUUGCUGCCAAGAGUAGAUAUCAGUGGUCAGAUAACUGAAGCUUUACUCAAUGAGAUGAGUGACAAAAAUUGGAAAGACAGAAUUGAGGCUUUAAACAAAAUCAGUGCCAUAGUCCAAGAUGCGAAAUUUAUCAUGCCAAACUUGGGAGACUUGCCGCAACCAUUAGCUGUAAGGCUAACGGAUAGUAAUGUUAAAAUUGCACAGACUGCCCUUAAUAUUUGCCAGUCUAUUGCUAAAGCUAUGGGACCUCCUUCAAAGCAGUUUAUAAGGACUUGGUUCCCAGGAUUUGUACAAAAUUUGGGUGACAGUAAGGCUUGGAUGAGAACUACCGCCUUAGAUACUAUCAAUGUUUUCGUGGAACAAUCUGGCUACAAGGAAUUUUUCGACGGUGAAAUGAUUGCUGAUGCUUUGAAAUCGGGCUCACCGAUUCUCAGGACAGAACUAUGGAACUGGUUGGCUGAAGCUUUGCCAAAAAUUCCAGCUAAAGGGGUUCCUAAGGAAGAAAUUAACGCUUGUGUCCAACAUUUGUAUACUAAUCUAGAGGAUAGGAAUGCCGAUGUAAGGAAAAAUGCUGGUGAAGCAGUCUUGGGAAUUAUGAUUCAUUUAGGGUAUGAAUCUAUGCUAAAACAAACUGAAAAAGUCAAACCCAGUUCCAAAACAGUAGUCACAGCCGCUUUGGAGAAAGCCAGGCCAAAUUUACCAGUGAAACCUUUGCCCAAAAAAGCAUCGGCAACGGAGGAGAAAACUGUGAAAGGAACAAAACCAGUGGCCAAUAAACAAAAUGCGGUUAAACCAAAAGCGAAUAGUGCAGGAGCGAAACCUGCAGCGACAGCAGCGAGCAGAAAAAAGGAUGAAGAUGUAGAUACUUCACCGUUAUUGGUAGUCAACAAUCUCAAACACCAAAGAACCAUAGACGAAUCAAAGUUAAAAGUUUUAAGAUGGAAUUUCACCUCGCCUCGGGAAGAAUUUGUGGAUUUAUUAAAAGACCAAAUGACUGCUGCUAAUAUAAAUAGAAUGCUUAUGGCCAAUAUGUUCCAUUCAGAUUUUCGAUAUCAUAUUAGAGCAAUUGAAUCUCUAAUGGAAGACUUACCAGAUCACAGUGAGGCCCUAAUUUCCAACUUGGAUUUGAUCUUAAAAUGGCUUACAUUGAGAUUCUUUGAUACCAAUCCUUCAGUUUUAAUUAAAGGGCUUGAGUAUUUGCAUUGUGUUUUCAAUAUGUUGAUUGAAAAACAGUAUCGCAUGCUGGAAAGUGAAGGCUCAUGCUUCAUACCUUAUUUAGUGCUAAAAAUUGGUGAUCAAAAAGAUUCAGUCAGAAGUGGUGUUAGAGCACUGCUAAAACAAAUCAGCGGUGUUUUCCCAGUGAGUCGCCUUUCUGUUUACAUAAUGGAAGGUGUCAAAACGAAAAACUCUCGUCAAAGAGCCGAAUGUCUUGAAGUUAUGGGCUGUAUGAUUGAAGAUUACGGCAUAACUGUUUGUCAACCCUCACCAACGGCUUGUCUUAAAGAAGUAGCCAAGCAAAUAUCGGACAGGGAUAAUUCUGUGAGAAAUGCUGCUCUAAAUUGUGUGGUGAAUGCCUAUAAUAUUGUUGGGGAAAAAGUUUAUAAAAUGGUUGGAAACAUAUCAGACAAAGACAUGUCCCUAUUGGAGGAACGUAUUAAACGAUCAACUAGAAAGACUAUUGCUCCUAAAAUUUCAAUGGCUAAUGUAACUGUAGCAGAAGUACCACCAUUUUCUAGAAAUGGAGUGGCUACCAAUGAGACCAUUGUUGUUAGGCAACAGCAACCUGAAGAAGAACCGGACAUGGACGAGGAUGAAGCGAUGGCUGUACCAGUACCAACGUUGCCUCCAGCUGUAGCUCCGGAGCCACCUAGACAGGAAGUGCAGGGGCCUUUCAAAUUGGAGGCCGAAUUCAUGAACGAUCUCGACAAAAUUACUCCAACUUUUAAAAAGUUACCUUUGGAAAAAAUUGACUUGGAAUUUUUGAAGGAAGAAGUUAAAAUGCCUUCGUUUUUCGAUAAUAAAGCCAAAAUCAUGCCAUUAUCGCCUCCAAAACCAAUCAUUGCGAACAGGUACAACGUCCAUCAAGGUUUGACCACUACAGAUCCAGAUAUCCAGAAGACCAUUAAACUAAUUGGUUCACGAAAUCCUGCAAAUGCUUUACAAGGUUUAACACAAUUUAAUGAACUCAUGAACAGCCCCGUCAAAAUUCAAGCUUUCCAAGAGUAUGAAGCGGAAUUUUUCGAAGCGUUACUUUCGCUGUUUGAUUACCUUCACACCUUGGACCCUGUCAGCAAUUCGGCAGUUGCUAGAAUUUAUCGGGAUUUGUUUAUGAGUAUAGAUAUGUUUUACCAAAAGUCUCAGCUAGGCAAAGCUGUACCCACUGGCCUGUUGAAGCGAUUGUUAAAUCAUCUAAUUAUUUUGUUGGUGGAAGAGAACUUGGAAAAGAGCGGAGAAUAUUUCACCAGAGUGAUAAACUUGAAUUGCGUUAAGAUUAUCGAACAAUCAGACCAUACUGCUCUUUUGUGUGCAUUAGUUAAACUGCUCACCGAGUGCAUAACAAAUGAAAACUGCUCCCAAAGACAAGUUGAUCUAGUUAUGAAAUGUCUUUGGAAAGUGAUCAAGCUACUGCCAAAUUGGGGUGACAAUAUUGACUACGAACUAGUUUUGUUAGAAGUGCACGAGUUUUUGAACAGAUUUCCACCAAAGUGGUGGACGAAUUCAGCACGCGGCGAUAUGCCUUUGAGGACCAUCAAAACCAUAUUACAUUCGACGGUUAAAAUAAAAGGUGCCGCCUCUGUACAGCUUUUAAGUAAGAUACCUAAUCUUGCCGAAUCUGAAAUUGAGUCGUAUAUUUUACGAUUAUUAAAGAGUCUUAAAAUUGCCCAAACCCAGGACGUCCCUCUACAAUCUCAAAGAAGUAACUCGUCUGUUCCUUCUUCAUUUUCUCGAGCAAACCAUAACAUGUUGACGGAAAUAUUCCAAAAAAUUGGCAGCAAAGAGGAUACUAAAGAAGGCCUGAAUUUACUGUUCAAUUUCUUGCAACAGCACCCCGAGUCUGACAUUGAGCCGUUCUUAGGUAAAUCGAGUAAAUUUUUCCAAGACUAUAUCAGGAGCGGCCUGAAGGAAAUCGAAUUGGAAAGGAAAUUCGCGACAAAUUGCGAUAUAGUUUCAAACAACAAUAGUGACGAUGUGGAUCCAAAUCCAGAAGCAACUCCUGAAUACUAUGAAGAAAGGCUGAUAAAAUGGCGCCAUAUUUGGAAUGAAUUAAUGUCAGGCCGGAAGGUGGAUCAUGCCUUAUGGCCCUUACCGCCUGCCCAGUAAUUUAACCUUUCUGCUGGACAGUGAUAUUUAUUCCAUGACUUAAUUCGAAACUAUUUAUUGAAUGUUAUGGUCCUAUCGUGGGACUACUAUUAGGAAACCCUAGCGUCCAAAUUUAGGUUUUAGUCUUGAAAUAGCCUGUGCAUGCAUAAUUUAGGAUUUUCAAUGCUAACUACACUUAUUAACGAAUUUAUUGUAGUUAAACUAAAUUCCUGAUUCCUUGGAGUUAUUCAUAAAUUGCACUUCUUAACUCUGUUUUGGUUUCAAUUAGUAUUAUUUUAUUUUGUAUUUAUAUAAACUGUGUUAUAUUAUGUUUUUUGUAGUACUUGUUACAAUGAUUUUUUUAUGGGUUUUAGCCAUAAUGUUUUUUUUUUCCUAGAAUUUAGUUAUUUUGUACCAACAUAUGGAAAUAUACCCAACUUACUGAAUCAUCAUUUUGGUGUCUUAUUUCAUUUUCUACCCCAAUUUGUUUAGAUGGUAAGUGCCAAGUGGUGUGUUACUUAAAAUCAUUAAAAUUUAUACAUUUACUUUUUAUUAUAUUUUUAAGUACAUUUCUCUUAAAUUAAAAUCUAAGAGGUUCAUAAUAUGAAACUGAGCAAGAUUGCAACAGAGAACCAAUCUAUCUUUAAAUAAUUGAGGUAUUGAGGCCCUCCUACAAUGAACUGUUGAUAUAACUGAGAAACACACAAUAAUUUAUUAGUGAUUCAACUCGAUAUGAAAUAAUUAUGUUAAAGUACAAUGCCUAUUUUAGACAAAACAAAUCUUAAAUCUACUGACCAACAAAAAUUCAGUCGUUAAUGUUAUUUUUCGUUGAAAAAAUUUAUCACAGGGAAACGUUUCAAGUGACCACACAGACACUAAUUCAAACUUUUUUCUCAGCCUUAACUUUUUCUUCUGCCUCGUUCUGUUCCAUUUCCGGUUCACCGUCCAAAAAUUUGUUAACCCUUUGCUGAUAUUCCGCAUUGCUUUCUUGUUUCGGUAAGUCUUUAUUUUCCUUCUUUGGUAGGUACUUGGCCAUUUUUCCAAUUGCAAAGUUAUUCAAAACUUCUAUCGGUAUGUUGCUGAUGUUGUUUUGACAUCCUUUCCUGAUAGUGCUGACUUGAACCCUUCCCUUCUUCACCAUAUCGUCCGGAUAUGAAUUUCUCAUGCCUUUGUAAGAUAUUUUUGUAGCCAAAAAUGCCCAUAUGGUACUUAUCAGUGAUAGCAUUAUAAUAUUUAUAGCAAGAGGUAAUGAGAUUGGUGAUAAGUCUUGGACACCUUUUUCAUAUUCUUCGUAACUAUCGAAUUUUAUGUUGCAGCUUGUCGCAACUGAUACGAUCAACGAAAGAAAAGAUGUUAGUGUAGAAAAGCUGCAUGAUAAAAAAAAGAAGGUGAUGUUGUGAUCAAUAUACCAACGUUUCCAAGCAAAAAGCCCUGUUGUGAAGGCCAAAAGAUUUCCAAAAGCCAUCAUAAAACAUCCUGCGGCUAUUGAAGCUGGAAUAUUUAUGUAAUAAUAAAGAUAAGUUUGAUCAGUGUAUUGCAUGUCUCUUUCCAAUUUUUCACUAAGCCUUCUAUAAGCUACUUCGUCAAUGUUGAUUUCAGCUAACACUGACAUUUUAUGUAGAAUUAGGCCUCCCAUCAAAACCGAACAUAAACUGAACUGAAGAAGCAGAGCACUGAGUCCAAGGACAAUGGAAGCAGAGUACCUUCUUUCUGAUGGGUACUGGUUGGACAAAUCUGGCUGAGAUUUAGUUUUGAUUUUGAAUACUCGUUCCAUUUUGAUGUUUGUUUGGUUGAGGUAAGUUACAUGAUCUGAAAUA